AUGACAUACCUGCGGCCCCGCACAGGGCGGCGGCGAGGCGACGGCCGAGGGGCGCCGGGGGGGGUAGCGCUGGCCCCGGCCCCGCGAUGUGAGCCCGGCGCAGGAGAGCGUCGCUCCUCCCGCUGCGGGCCCGGUGCGGGCGCGCGGUGCGGGCGCCAUCGGGGCGCGGAGCUCCGCGAGGUCGAGGCCGCCGCGGGAGCCCCGGUGCCCCCCGAGUGGGCGGCGAAGGGACUCCGGUCCGCCCGGCCCGUGGCAGCCCCUGGAGGCUGCAUCCUUGGCUGGGGGCUCCGCGCCCCGACGGCAGCGUCCGUGCCGCCCCCCGCUCCCCCGCCCGCUGUCGGCAGCAGGGAGGGCCCGGAGUGCAGGCCCGCUCCCAGGCUCGGCUGCCAAGUAGCAGCAGGAGCCUCUUCUCGCAGAAAUGGUGCCUCCCACGCAGCAGCGAGAUCCCACGGUGUUCGCCGGGUUUUCAGCUCCCGCCGGGAGCUGCGGCCCGGGAGUCGCGGGGGUGCUGUGCUUGAACUCUGGACACCUCCUUGUUUUCCUCCUUGCCUCGUGACUUUUAUGGCCUGUCACGGAGGGAAAGCAGAGGAGCGAAAGGCGAGAUCCCUGCCUGCUGCUCGCUUCCUGCCUCCUUCCUGCAUCCCCGGCCACUGCAGCAGCUCCGAUGGCAACCCCAGCGUCCCAGCCAGCCUGCCAGGGGGGGAUCCGGCGCUCCCACGGCUCUCACCAGACCCAUCGUCCUCCCAGCACCCAUGUUUGUCCUUGCUUGAGGCUUCGUUUAUUCCCAGAUAUUGGCUAAGACCGCAUCAAACCUGCAGGAUGUGUUCCUGAUGGAGUCUGAAGAAACCAGUGAGGGAGGUACCACUCCCCCAGGAGCCAGCAGCAUCAGUGGGGAAGCCUGGGAUUCUUCAGCUGUGGAAGGAGAGCAUCAUGCCACUCACACAGCAGCCGAAAUGAGCACCAGCCCAUCUAACUCUGCAAAGGGAUCAGAGCUCAGCACGCCCAAGGACUGUGUUGUUGCUCCAGGGAAAGCAGCAGAGAUGCUGGGCAGACCCUCUAACUCUAUGCAAACAGUGCCAGCAGGACUGGAACAAGGCCGAGGGCAUAGAGAGCCUCAAAAGAGACUCUCAGAACUGGAAGGAGAAAUGCUUUUAGAGGAGGGUGGACUGGAUUGUUCUCUGAAACUUAGGCAUUUGGAACUGCUUGACCUGGAAAGCAACCAGGACCCUUCCUCUCACAGCAGAGUCCAGGAUGAGCCAGCCCCUGGCAGCCCCAUCCGGCAGGCUGUGAACCUCAGCACUGAGUUUCCUCAGUGCCAGACAGAACUGGCUUUUCACGGCUUAGACCCUCAGGCCCAGCAAACAAAAUCCCCUUUGGCUGUUGCCAUUUCCUCUCAGAGAGAGACACCUAAGUGCUUUUUGGUGUGUAAAACUGUUUCAGAAGGGCAUUUUAAGGCUGAACCCUUUCUGGAUUACAUCUCCAAGGAUUCUUUGCAGGAGGUUGAUGCUGGUGCAGAGCAGGAGCAAAGCACCAAAAAGUUGGCACCAGCACCUGAUGAGCAGCCUAGUUCAGAGGGAGCAGUAGAAGACACAGCUAAACCUUACACUUCUGAAGAUGUUCAGGAAAACUUAAGAGCA